AUGGAAAUGAAAUUUAAUCGCAAAUAUAAGUAUCCCUGGGUCCUGCUCAAUGACGAGCCGUUUACGGCGGAGUUCAAGAGGCGUGUAUCCGUCCUAACCGAUGCGCCUGUUUCGUUCGGCGAGAUCCCACACGACCACUGGCACCAGCCGGACUGGAUAGACGAGGAGAAAGCGCAAGAAGGCCGCAACCGGUUGGUCAGGCAGGGCAUUAUUUAUGGCGAUUUAUAUAGGUACAGGAACAUGUGUCGCUUUAACUCGGGCUUCUUCUAUCAUCACGAGUUGCUACAAUCAUACAAAUGGUAUUGGCGGGUUGAGCCUGACAUUCGCUACUUUUGUGACCUUGACUACGAUCCUUUCUUGUUUAUGGAGGAUAACAACAAGUUGUAUGGCUUCACCAUAUCAAUGCCGGAAUGGGAGCCGACUAUUCCAACAUUGUGGGGAGAGACUAAACAGUUCGUCGAACAGAACCCGCAUUAUCUACACGCGGAUAACUCGAUGGAUUUCCUAUCAGACAAUGCUGGAGAUACAUAUAACCUCUGCCACUUCUGGAGCAACUUCGAGAUAGCCAACAUGGAUUUCUGGCGGAGCGAAGCUUACAGCAGCUACUUUCAACAUUUGGAAUCCACUGGCGGCUUUUACUACGAGCGGUGGGGAGAUGCUCCUAUCCACAGCAUAGCAGUGUCUCUGUUCGCAGGAAGAGAUCAGGUCCAUUUCUUCAAGGAUAUCGGAUACAGACAUAGUCCAUUUCAACAUUGCCCGCAAGGUCGAGACUGGAGCAAUGGACACUGCUCAUGUGAUCCAAAUGAUAACUUUGGUGGGCUUUUUGCAAGAUGGUGUGCCUCGCAACAUACUGACGGUACCUUGCUAGACUUUGCGCAGAACUCAUGUCUGAAGCAAUUCAUGCGGCUGUUCUAG